GUCACUUAUUUGAUUAUAUUAUUACUUGUUUGGGCUCUUUGCUGGAGUAUAAUUGGUGAAGAAGCUGAUCCACCAAAUGGAUCAUUAUUUCAAUUGUUAUUUCUGUUUGUUUUGGCCUAUAUUUGUGGACAGUUAUUAUCAGUGAUUCAUUUGCCUCCACUAUUAGGAAUGCUUAUCAUUGGAUUUAUAAGUGGGAAUGUGUUUGACUUAAAUCUUAAUGAAAAGUUGUCGUCAACUUUCAGAUCUAUAGCUUUGGUUAUAAUACUAUUGAGAGCGGGUCUCGGGUUAGACCCUAAUGUCAUUAAAAAACUAAGCGGUAUUUGUAUCAGACUAUCAUUGAUUCCAUGUAUUGGCGAAGCUUUCACUAUAUCUGUGGUCACAUAUCUACUAAUGGACUUACCAUUUGUCUGGGGAAUCCUUUUGGGGUUUAUACUGUCGGGUGUUUCUUCAGCGAUAGUCAUUCCCGAUAUGAUAGUAUUACAAGAGGAACAGUUAGGAACAAACAAAGGCAUACCAACACUGCUGAUGGCAUCUGCAAGUGUUGAUAAUGUGGUGGCCAUCACAGGAUUCGGUGUUUGUUUGAGUUUUGUAUUUGAUAACAACUCAUCUCUUGUAUGGAAUAUAUUCAAAGCUCCGGUCACUGUCGUCGCCGGCAUUGUUGGCGGUGUUGUGUUUGGACUGAUAUUGUGGUUAAUCCCAAUCAAAUGUUGUCCUCAAGAAGAGCAACAAAAUGAUUUCAAACUAUUAAGACUUUGUUUAUUGCUAUUGAUUGGUAUGUUCUUAGUGUUUGUCAGCAAAAAAGUUGGUUUUGAUGGUAGCGGACCUCUUGGAUGUCUUAUAUUUUCAUUCAUAACAUCACUUAAGUGGAGAAGCUCUCCUUUUUACGAACAACUAAGAAAUUAUUUAUGCUAUCUAUGGCUUAUAUUCGAAGUCUCUUUAUUUGUCUUAAUUGGAUCCGAAGUCAAGAUAUCUGAUCUGAACAACAGUUCCAUAGGAUUUGCUGUUAUUUCACUUUUCAUUGGAUUACUUAUGCGAUCGAUAAUUACAGUAAUGGUUACAUUUGGUGCUAAUUUUAAAUACAAAGAAAAACUAUUUAUAACACUUUCAUGGAUACCAAAAGCUACGGUUCAGGCGGCCAUCGGACCAAUUGCUUUGGAUUUAGCCAGAGAUAGGAAUGAUUUGCAACUUAUAAACUAUGCUAAACUAGUGUUAACAUUAGCCGUACUAUCCAUUAUAAUUACUGCCCCUUUAGGAUCAAUUGGCAUUUCAUUAUCUGCUAAAAAGUGUCUACAAUAUGCUAAACGACUUGAUUAUAGUACUGAAAUUUGA